GUUGGAAUAGAAUACGAAGAGCUCAUCCACACCGCCUCUACGCUCUCCACUCUCCACCAUCGCUGUUGCCUUGAUCAAUCAAUCAUCAGCUCUAUGUUUCCUUUUUCUUCUUUCAAUUGAAUUCAACUUCUUUGAAACACAAAUCCCUCCUCAACUCCCUGGUAAAAUUCAUUCCCAAAUUCAAACCCAAUUCUUGGAUUUUUUUCCCCCUUCUCUGCAAACCCUUAGAAAAUAGAAACCAAAACCUCCCUCUCUCCGCUCGGUUGUGACUGUCUUCGACGCGGAUUCAUUCACCAGAGGCAGCCAUUUUCAAUGUCUGUGACUCUGUGGACAUACGAGUGAUUGACUUCACUUAGUGUUUUCCCAAUUGGGAAAAUUGAACUGAAAAGUAUUUAGGGAUUUUGACAUGGAAAACCAAGUGAUUGAGUUUGAUAUUGGGGUGGGAGGAGGAGGAGGAGAUGAUGAUGGUGUGGACAUUGAGCACCACGUUGAUGAUGAAGAAAUGGUUGAUAGCCCUCCUAUUGCCUUUGGCGGCGGUUUUGGCGGGAGUGGUGAGAUUUACCUUCCGGAGGGAGACCUUUUGGACCUUGAACCUUCCGAGGGCAUGGAAUUCGAAUCUGAAGAGGCUGCCAAGGCCUUUUACAAUUCGUAUGCCCGGCGCGUCGGGUUCAGUACCCGUGUCAGCUCUUCUCGUAGGUCUAGGCGCAACGGGGCAAUCAUACAGAGGCAAUUUGUUUGUGCGAAAGAGGGGUUUCGCAAUUUGAAUGAGAAGCGCACGAAGGAUAGAGAGAUCAAGAGGCCGAGAACAAUCACCAGAGUCGGAUGCAAAGCUUCAUUGUCGGUGAAGAUGCAGGAUUCUGGGAAAUGGGUGGUGUCUGGGUUUGUUAAGGAGCAUAAUCACGAGUUGGUUCCUCCGGAUCAAGUGCAUUGUCUUCGUUCUCAUCGGCAAAUCUCCGGCCCUGCUAAGACGUUGAUUGAUACUUUGCAGGCAGCUGGGAUGGGUCCCCGUAGAAUUAUGUCAGCGCUUAUAAAAGAGUAUGGUGGAAUAAGCAAAGUUGGGUUUACAGAGGUGGAUUGUAGGAAUUACAUGAGGAAUAAUCGCCAGAGGAGCAUGGAAGGGGAUAUUCAGCUCCUCCUGGAUUAUUUGAGGCAGAUGCAAGCUGAUAACCCUAAUUUCUUUUAUGCCGUACAGGGUGAUGAGGAUCAGUCCUCGGGCAAUGUAUUUUGGGCUGAUUCAAAGGGACGGAUGAACUAUAAUUACUUUGGUGAUACAGUUACUUUUGAUACAACCUACAGAUCAAACAGAUAUCGUUUGCCCUUUGUACCCUUCACUGGGGUAAACCAUCAUGGGCAGCCUGUGUUGUUUGGUUGUGCUUUCCUAAUAAAUGAAUCUGAAUCAUCGUUCAUUUGGUUGUUUAAGACAUGGCUUAUGGCAAUGUCCGGUCGCCCUCCGGUGUCAAUAACCACAGAUCAUGAUGCAGUGAUUCGAUCGGCCAUAGUGCAAGUUUUUCCAGAGACUCGCCAUCGUUUCUGCAAAUGGCACAUCUUCAAGAAAUGUCAAGAGAAGCUAUCCCAUGUGUUUUUUAAACACCCAACUUUUGAAGCAGACUUUCAUAAAUGUGUCAACUUGACCGAGUCAAUAGAGGAAUUUGAGUCUUGCUGGUCGUCUCUCGUUGAUAGAUAUGAUCUCAGGGAUCAUGAAUGGCUUCAACAAAUAUAUUCUGCCCGAAGGCAUUGGGUCCCAGUGUAUUUGCGGGACACUUUUUUUGCAGAAAUGUCGAUAACGCAGCGAAGUGACAGUAUGAACUCAUAUUUUGAUGGAUAUGUGAAUGCUUCAACCAAUCUGAGUCAGUUUUUCAAACUUUAUGAGAAAGCUCUGGAGAGUCGGAAUGAGAAGGAGGUGAAAGCAGAUUAUGAUACGAUGAACACUUCAGCAGCCCUUAAGACCCCAUCUCCAAUGGAGAAGCAAGCGUCAGAGCUUUACACUAGAAAGUUGUUUAUGAGAUUUCAAGAAGAGCUAGUUGGGACGCUAACUUUCAUGGCGUCAAAGGCCGAGGAUGAUGGCGAUGUCAUCACCUAUCAAGUAUCGAAGUACGGGGAGGAUCAUAGAGCUUAUUAUGUUAAGUUUAAUGUUUUGGAGAUGAAGGCAACUUGUAGCUGCCAGAUGUUUGAGUUUUCAGGUCUUCUUUGCAGACAUGUUUUAGCAGUCUUUAGAGUCACCAAUGUGCUAACUCUCCCUUCACAUUACAUAUUGAAACGGUGGACAAGGAAUGCCAAGAGUAGUGUCAUUUUAGAAGAACAUUCUAGCAAUUUGUAUAAUAAUUACCUGGAGUCUCAUACUGUUCGGUAUAAUACCCUGCGCCACAAGGCCUUUAAACAUGUGGAUGAAGGAGCAAAGUCUCAAGAAACUUUUGAGGCUGCGCUAUGUACUCUUCAAGAGGCUGCAGAAAGGGUUGCCGAUGCAAUAAAGAAUAAUGGGAAAACUGCCAUGGUGAAUGGGCGUGCCAGGGGAAAUCGAAACUCCACUGUUAACGCAUCUCGGGCUAGCCAUUCUGGUAGGGAUCAUCAAAGGGACUCUGGUCAACAUAUGUCUGAGGAUGAUAUGGACAAAAGGAUUCGAGAACUUACGAGUGAAUUGGAGACUGCAAAUCGGAAGUGUGAGAUUUAUCGGGCUAACUUGCUUUCCGUUUUGAAAGAUAUCGAGGAUCAUAAGCUACAGUUGUCGAUUAAAGUGCAAAAUGUCAAGAUUAGCAUGAAAGAUGGUCUUUGAAGGUGCAAAAAUGGUUGUAGUUAACACUUGUAAUUCCAUCUUGUUUCAUUUUAUUCUCUCAGUUCAAUGUACGUUUACACUAGUCUUUGGAUAAAAGUGUUUUUUUUACUUGUGAGUGGUGUAGAGGUUACAAUUCUGUAGAGAUACAUCUUUUUGCAGUGUUUUUAGUGUCGUUAGAUAUAUAUAUUAUAAAUUAGAUUAUCAUGAUCCAAAAUUCAAACUAUGAGAUGUUGGCCUUUUCUCUAAUAUAUUAGAAGGCCCCUUUUUGGUUACCAUCUUAUGAAAACAAUUGGAAAGUAAAUUCCCAAUGCUGUAGAAUCGUUUCGAGGUU